AUGGCUACCGGCUGGACCGCAUACGCCUACUAUCCCUCCGUGGGAGGGGCAGCCGUCAUGAUUAUGAUGUUUCUGGGUGGUGUUGCCAUUUUUACUUACCAGCUUAUUCGAACGCGCGCAUGGUUGACGAUUGCAGCCUUGAUUGGGGGCAUGUUUGAAACGGUAGGCUAUAUCGGUCGAGCGAUGUCCGGCAAUCAGUCCCCCAAUUGGACUCUAGGCCCUUAUAUAAUCCAGAGCACGCUUCUCCUGGUUGCCCCGGCCUUGUUUGCCGCCACCAUCUACAUGGUCCUGGGCCGGAUCAUUGCCCUCGUGAACGGAGAGCAUCAUUCGAUCAUUAGACUCAGAUGGUUGACUAAGAUAUUCGUGCUGGGAGAUUGUCUGUCGUUUCUGAUGCAGUCAUCUGGCGCCGGAAUCAUGGUACAGUCGAAGUCCGCGACGGAUAACACAGGCCAGAAUGUCAUCAUCGGUGGUCUCUUUGUCCAGAUCCUGUUCUUCUGCUUCUUCCUUGUGGUCGCCGGCAUAUUUCAGCGUCGCAUCUACCGACACCCUACUGUUCGCUCCGAGUCGCCUUCGAUUCCGUGGCGCAAACAUUUCUUCUCGCUAUACGCGUCCAGCUUCCUGAUCCUCGUUCGGUCAAUCGUACGCUUCAUCGAAUACGUCCAGGGACAAAACGGAUAUGUAAUCACGCACGAAGCUUUCAUCUACGUUUUUGACGCCGUGCCCAUGUUCCUGGUGCUGUGUAUUCUCAUUCGAGUCCACCCCAGUGAAAUCAACGGGCUGUUGGGCAAGUCCCGGGUGGCCGCCGUGGGCAACGGCCUGAAGUUUGUUGAUAUAUCUCCUGCGCUUUAA